AUGAAUCAAACUCGAUCCAUUUUUGGUUUCUUGGUAUUAUUUAUACUUCUUUCAGGAGCAAAAACUGAAGAUGCAGAUGUCAUUGAAGCACUUGUUGUUUUCAUGGAUAAGCUUGCGCCUGGAAGCGUAAAAAACACCCCUAAUUGGGGGUGGAAUGAUUCAUCAGACCCUUGUACGAGUAAAUGGGUCGGAGUUACUUGUGAUAAUGAAGGAAAAACUGUCAAGAAAAUUGUGCUUGAAAAGCUUAAUCUUUCGGGAAUUUUUGACACUGAAUCAGUAUGCAAGGUAAAUAAUCUUUUAGUACUGAGUUUAAACUUCAAUAAUUUAACCGGAAACCUUCAGCCUGAUAUAUCAAAUUGUAUAAAGCUUACUCAUCUGUAUUUAAGUGAGAAUCAUUUUUCGGGAAAUCUUCCUGAUUCUAUAGCAGACUUACCGAGUGUGAAAAGAAUCAUUAUAUCCAACAAUGAGUUCACUGGCAAGUUACCUGAUUUUUCAAGAACCACAACCUUGUUAACAUUUUUUGCUCAGAACAACCGGUUCACGGGCCAGCUUCCAAAUUUUAACUAUAACCAGCUUGAAGGUUUCAAUGUAGCCAACAACGAUUUAAGUGGCCCGGUCCCAGAUGACACGGGCCGUUUUGAUGCAAAUAGCUUUGCGGGUAACCCUCAGUUAUGUGGGAAAAAGUUGCCAGUAUCAUGUCCAGUCAAGAAGAAGAAGAAAAAACCUACGUUUCGGGAUUUUGUUAUUUAUUCUGGUUACCUGAUCCUUGGGUUAAUCGUCAUGGUUUUGGUAGCCGUUUUAAUAUUCAAGAAUAAGAAGAAGAAACAAGAAAAUGUGAAGGAUGAGAAGCAUGGAACGGAUAGUGGACGGUCAAGUGGGUCAAGAAACAGCCGGGCCCGGUCAGAAUUCUCAGCAACAUCAGUGGAAAGUGGAGGGAUUUCUUCUUCAAUGGUUGUUUUAUCGAGCCCAGUGGUAAACGGGCUUAAAUUUGAAGAUCUGCUUAGAGCUCCAGCUGAGUUAAUUGGAAGAGGUAAGCAUGGAAGCUUGUAUAAAGUAAAACCGGAUGGUGGUGUUCCUCUUGUGGUUAAAAGGAUCAAAGAUUGGAAGAUAUCGAGAGAUGCAUUCAAGAAAAGAAUGCAGAGGAUAAAUGAAAUCAAACACCCGAAUGUUCUACCGCUUGUUGCAUAUUACUCUUCGAAACAAGAAAAGCUUCUGGUUUACGAGUAUCAGCAGAAUGGCAGUCUCUUUAGGCUUCUUCAUGGAUCACAAAAUGGACAAAUGUUUGACUGGGGAAGCAGGCUAAGUCUCGCAUCUAGUGUAGCAUCAGCACUGGCAUUCAUGCAUGAAGAGCUUAAAUCCGACUUUAUCCCACAUGGAAACUUAAAGUCAUCAAACAUCUUACUCAAAAACAACAUGGAACCAUGUCUAAGUGAGUAUGGGCUCAUGCCAAUAGACCAAAAGGACCCUGACCAAACUGCCACCACUUUCCAGAGUGAUGUGUAUGCAUUUGGUGUGGUUCUUCUUGAGUUACUCACAGGAAAGCCGGUUCAGGACGAUGGGUCCGGUUUGGCUAAGUGGGUGAGCUCGGUAGUCAAAGAAGAAUGGACCGUUGAGGUGUUUGACAAGGCGUUGAUAGUUGAAGGUGCUAGUGAGGAGAGGAUGGUUGGAUUGUUGCAGGUGGCAUUGAAAUGUGUAAACACUGAAAUGCCACCUCAGAUGGGUGAGGUGGCAGCGAGGAUAUCAUCUUUGAAGGAAGAAGAAGAGCGAUCUAUGACCUCUUCCGAUCCAUGAUCGUUAAGAUUUGAUCUUAACGAGCAUGUUUUAAACCGUAAAAACAAUUGAAUUAGUUAGUUUUUCGAGUUUAUACCGUACAUGUAACAAA